UCAGUGUAUGGAAACAGUGUCUGCUGUUACGGACGGUGGCAGAUAACUUGUGCAUUACUAGGUUGUUGGAUUACCGAAUAAAAUCAAGUCUUUAUCAGUCGUCGUGAUCACAGGACCAGACCCGACCAAGCGUUGGUGGUCGUUGUUACGCUCUUUGGUGAAGCAUGUUUCUUAACAUGUCAGUGGUGAGACAAGUCCGUAUAAAAGUUUGGGAAAGUGGCUAAUCUCAACUUUGCAAAAAUUGAUUUUCAUUGAUAAGCAUUAGGCAAAACUGCUCGUUUGGCAGUUCAAAUUAUUCGACAAAUUAAAUCAUUGGAUUAGCGUGUUUAACCAUAAGUGACAAAGUGAAAGUUCAAAGAACAAAAAGCAUCUGAAUGUUGAAAAGUUCUGCGACACAACGAUCUAUUGUGAAAAUUGUACAGUCAAAUUUUCCGUAACGAUUGCUAGUGGAAAUUAUAUGCGUAGAACGAAUUCGAAUUACUUAUGAAAAAUCAAUGUAAGAUACCUUUCGUGUCGGGGAUAUUAUUUUGCAAGUAAAAAUUUAUACCGUAAUUGUUAUCAAAUCUCAAAAUCCGUGUUCUAUUGUUCAACUGUUGUCCAAAUUACUUAAUUUGUUUUUGCUUCCAACCGUGUUCAUAUAAAUUUUACUUAUCUGACUUCAGUAGCUUCGCCUUACAUAUUAUGUAAGUAGCUAUUUAUCAUACAAACACCUCCAUUACAUUCACACCCUACCCUGAGACUGACAUAACAUGUAUUAACAGUUGCACCGAAAAAAAAUUUAGUGCAAAAAUCCACCCAGAAUCUUAUCCGUAACUUCACUCACUGGCGUGGAAAGUUGUGGGGGCUGUUGGUUGGUAUGAGUCGAGGAUUUUUUGGUCCCACCGAAACCGAGCUGUCAUAAGCUUUCAUUUUAUUACAAAUCGCGAUAUUAAUGACAUAGUAAACCUUCAAAUCCACAGUGAUUUGCUGUACCGACAUACAAAGUCAUCUAACAGUCAAUAUUUUGCAUUGCCAAGCCAGAAGGAAAAAGAAGAUAAAACAUGUCUAAUUGCCCAGUCUUCCGAAGCGACUGGAUUAGUACGCUCGACGGAUCUGUGGUGUCAUUAUCAUGAUUUUCGCCAAUGUUGUGAUUAACGGGAACAUGAGAUUUAAUCUAAGUUAACACAAGCUACACGACAUUGCCAACCGACAAAAUCGUGUCCAAUAAUUUGACAAUCGUAGGAAAAAUCCUUUCUUCUUCAAUUUACCAAAGUGCCUACACACCCAACACACCAGAAUCUCCACAUGAAGAGAAUGUCCACCAAGAAGAUCCGGAGAAGUUCGUCUCGUUACAGUUCGCAAAGACGAGAAGAUGGAGACAUUCUUCCAGCGGCACCUCCACUGGAAAUAUUGGACGCUGUCGCAGGAUACGAGAUUCUGUCAUUCGAUUCUGUAAGUAUUCCUCCCCCAGAGCCUUAUGGGGAUUUAGGUUCACUGGAUCCAGAGCAGCAGCAAAUACUGGGAACAUGGUCACCCAAUCCAUCUCCAGAUUACAACCUUCGUACCGAUAUUCCGCAAGUGACGGAACCAACAGCAAGAUCUGCGUUAAUGGGCUACGUCAAAAACCAUUGUUGUUGGGGAGGUGGGGCAGCCAAACACAUGACCAUAACUGGAAUCAGGCACAAUUCUGCAUAUCACUAUGUGCUACAAACCUUGACCGAAAAGAGAGAAGCUAGAUGGUCCUGGUCUCCUCAUGUGGCUGGGGACGUGGAUGGACCUGAAAACGGACUUGCGCCUGCCCCCUGGGACAUUCCAGCCUUUCCAACGAAAUUUUUUCGCACAGAAAUCAAAGCUAUUGAAAUUCCGCAUACGGCAUCAAUAAAACCGUGUCAUCGAUGUCGUGGAACCGGAACGCUGGCAUGUCCCAACUGUCACGGGAAAGGGUGGACUCGAUGCCUUUCGUGUCAAGGGGAAGGUUGGGGACUUGGGUCUGAAUCUAGGGAGCGUUGUAUCGUUUGUGGGACCUCGUCGCACGGACAUGGAAGGAUAGACUGCAACCGAUGUGACACCAAGGGACGCGUGGCUUGCUCUGUGUGUGAUUCCUAUGGUCAACUCAAGUGCUUUAUUCAGCUCUCUGUUUCCUGGAAAGUAAAUAUUGGAGAACAUAUCACCGGUGCGGAUGAAAUUGAAACCGACCUUUUGCGAGGUGCAGAGGGACAAAUUGGCAUUGAAGACUUUGGGGUCCAUCUUACUCCACUUCCGGCUGACGUAAUAGCGGACGAAACAUUGGCCAUGGCGUCAAUUCAACUGAUCAACGAGCACAUUCAGAACUCUUCGGAUUCUCUACUUUUAGCUCAGAGACACCAAGUUCGAGUAAUUCCGGUUACAUGCAUCGACUACAAAUGGAAAAGUCAUACCGGUAGCUACUACGUUUAUGGGCUUGAUAAUAAAGUUUAUGCGCCAGAUUAUCCACAAACUUGUUGUUGUUUUAGCCGUUGUAUUAUAGUGUAGCAGCUUGUGUUGUGGAGGCACAAUUUUAUAAUUGAAUUGUUUGGCGAUAUAAUUUUAUUUUUCAAAAAUUUUAAUUGGUAAAAAGUUUUUUUAUUUAUUUCAAAUAACUACGUAUUUACUUUUGUGUAGAUUAUGUAUGAAAUGGCUUAUGAGAAAAUAAAUAGAAUAUUAUUGCAUAACUCAGGGCAAGUUCAUCCAGACA